AUGACUGCCGGUUUCCAGCUCGGUGUGAUUGGGUCUCUUACGCUCUCCGUCGCCUCAUCGGUUGCCAUUGUCAUCUGCAACAAAGCCCUCAUCAGCACUCUAGGCUUUCCAUUUGCUACAACUUUGACAAGCUGGCACCUGAUGGUGACAUUCUGCACCCUUCACGUUGCGCAGCGUUUGCGCUUUUUCGAGCCCAAGGCGAUUGAUGGACAGACGGUAGUUUUGUUUGGGUUGCUGAAUGGAACCUCGAUUGGCCUUCUGAACCUUAGUUUAGGAUUCAAUUCCAUUGGAUUCUACCAGAUGACAAAGUUGGCCAUAAUACCCUUCACAGUGCUAUUGGAGACUAUAUUCCUCAAGAAAAGAUUCAGUGAGACAAUCAAGUUUUCUCUGCUGGUCUUGCUACUUGGAGUUGGCAUUGCUUCAGUUACCGACCUUAAGUUAAAUUGCCUCGGGUCUACUCUUUCUGGCCUCGCCAUCGCCACGACUUGCGUUGGCCAAAUUCUCACAAAUACGAUACAGAGGAAGCUGAAGGUCUCAUCAACGCAGCUUCUCUACCAAUCGGCGCCUUACCAGGCAGCCAUUCUGUUCGCCACUGGCCCCUUCGUGGAUCACCUCCUCACCGGCCGCAGCGUCUUCGCCCACGUAUACACUUUCCCAGUUGUGGGCUUCAUCAUCCUGUCAUGCCUGAUCGCGGUGUCGGUGAACUUCAGCACGUUCCUGGUGAUCGGGACGACGUCUCCGGUAACGUACCAGGUGCUGGGCCACCUCAAGACGUGCCUGGUCCUGUCGUUCGGCUACACGCUGCUGCACGAUCCCUUCACCGCGCGGAACAUCCUGGGCAUCCUCGUCGCCAUCUUCGGGAUGGCGCUCUACUCCGUCUUCUCGGUGCGUGAGGGCAAGAAGAAGUCCGCAGGCGACGCCCUCCCGGUGUCACAGAUGCCUGACAAGGAGACGGAGCCGCUGGUGGCGACCAAGGACAACAGCGACACCAAAAAGGCCAACGGGGUAGCUCACGACUGCUAA